CUUCUAUUUCAGCUUCUUUACCUACCAUUUUUUAACCAACUGUGGGUUUCCUGAAGAGGAAGGUAAAAAUCAACGCAGAGACGGAGUGGUCAGUGGAUGGGACCCAUUGAGCGUUAAUCAGGCUGAGGAGACUAACAUUUCAGGGACGCAAAGACUAACACAGUGAUCGCGGUCGAAAGCGACGAAAUGACAAGUGGUGGAAAUUAUUCAUCGCUCCGCCGGGCUCAACUCACUUACGAUUAUCUGCAUACAAACAGCACAACACACGAAUUCCUGUUCGGAGCUUUGGCCGAGUUGGUUGAUAACGCAAGAGAUGCGUCGUCACAGAAGAUCGACAUUUACACAGAACCUUGCGAAUCAUGUCGAGGAAAUUUUAUAUUAUGUUUCCGCGACGACGGAGACGGAAUGGAUCCAAGCGAAGUUGGAAAUGUGAUACAAUUUGGUCGUUCCGUUAAACGUACCGUAGACUCUAGAAUGAUUGGGCAAUAUGGAAAUGGACUGAAGUCGGGAACCAUGCGAAUAGGGAAAGACAUGAUCCUCUUUACAAAGAAAGGUAACACCAUGAGCUGCCUGUUCCUUUCAAGGACAUUCCACGAGAAAGAGAAGAUUGAAGAAGUUGUGGUUCCCAUGCCUUCUUGGGAAGUAUCCAGCAAGAAACCUUUUGGCAAAUCCAAACGUGAAUUGGAAAAGCAUCAACUUGAAUUGGACUUGAUCUUGAAGUUCUCGCCAUUCAAGAUGGAAUCACAGUUGUUUGAACAAUUUAAUAAAAUAGGAUCGAAAGGGACGCUAGUGGUUGUUUAUAAUGUAAAACUCAUGGACAAUGGCGAGCCUGAACUUGAUGUAGUCAGUGAUCCUUCUGAUAUCAAAAUGGCGGAUCCAGAGGCUGGAGGAAACGUGGCAGAUUACGACUUGACCAUGCCUGAGAGGAUUUCUUUUAGAGCCUACACUGCCAUUAUGUACUUGGAUCCUCGAAUGAAAAUCUACAUACAGGGUAAAAAGGUGCGAACGAAAAGACUAACGACUUGCUUAUACAACACGAAGUGUUACGAUUUCACCUCGAAAAGGUUCAAGACAAGAUCAGAGCAAGAAAGUGAGAAGGCUGUACGCGAGGCUAAAAUAGCUGAGGAGAAGGCGCGAGAGCUUGAAACACAAGCAAGGGAACUUCAGAAGCAGGCGGAACAAACAUCCAAAGAUAAAAGGGCGGAGCUGAGAAAGGCACAAGGGCUCGCUACCGCUGCCAGGGCAGAUGCACAAAUGAAGACUAACAUUGCUGAAGCUAAAAAGAAAUCCAUGAAGGAACCCAAGACUCUUAACUUCACAUUCGGAUUCAAUAUUGAAAAUCGUCGUUAUUACGGAAUGUUCAUUUACAACUGCAGUCGGUUGAUAAAAAUGUACGAAAAAGUUGGUCCGCAAAAGGAUGGAGGGGUAAAAUGUUACGGAAUCAUAGGUGUUGUAGAUGUGCCGUAUCUCGUUUUGGAGCCUACACACAAUAAGCAGGAUUUCGCAGAUGGAAAGGAAUUUAAACAAUUACAAAGAGCGUUGGGUGAGCACUUAGAACAAUACUGGAAAGACUCGAAAAUUGAAAGUCAGGGUGUCACGAAGUUCUGGGAGGAUUUCGGCUAUAUAGGCAAAUGGACGGACGGCCCCUCCAUGGAUCAGAAGUUUGCGAGAAAAAGGGCGAUGCAGAUACCCUUUAAUGUACAGUGCGACAUAUGCCUUAAAUGGCGAAAACUGCCGUUUGCUCAGAAAAAUGUAGGUCGUCAAUUGCCCGACGAAUGGUGUUGUGCCAUGCACCCCGAAACAGAUUUUAACAGCUGUGACCGUCCUGAGCAGGUCGUUCCAAUUAAGAAAGGAACUUUACAGAAACAAACUAAAUCGGCCGAAGAGAAAGCAAGAGAACUGCAAGACGAAAUCCGGAAAAAGAAAGAAAAACUCUCUCAAGUUGAGCGUCAAAGACCACAAGUCGCGCAGGCCACGACACAGAAAAGGGUCGAGAGAGUAUCUUCGGCGGAGAGUUCCUCUUCAUCCACAAGCGACACUUCAGAGUUAUAUAUUCAGAGACGAGUACAGAAGAGGCCAGUCGCAGAAAGUACGGAGAUUACGAGAACAAAGUCUACGAAGGAGCCAUUGAAACGGCGAAAUACAACAUCCCCGAUUACAGUUGAGGCCAAACGGAAAAAGAAUGACGCAGAAGCAACGAAGACUUUGGUCAAAAAGGAACAUCAGGAACAAAGAGAACAGCAAAUAAAGAGACGAGAGGAACAGAGGAAAGAGGAGCAACGGAAAAAAGAAGCAGCAGAAAAACGGUUAAAAGAAGGGAAAGAAGAACAAAAGAAAAAAGAACUGGAACACCAACGACAACUACAACUACAACGAAAGCGGGACGAAAAAGAACGACAGCGGAAACAAGAUGAACUUGAGCAAGAAAACAAAGAAGAAGAAAAACAGGAACAAACACUAAAUAAAGACGAGAAAGAACAGGAACAACUCGAGAUGGAGCAACUCAUGGAGUGGAGUAGCGAGGGAGAAUAUGAUGCAACGAUACUCGCAAAGGGAACUAAAGUAGAAGCGAGGGUUGAUAACUCAAACUGGUACAUUGGAACUGUGUUUGCUUCAAAACCGAAAAAAGGAUUUGCUUGCCGAGUUCGCGUCAAAUUUGAUAUGUACCCAAAGGACAAGUAUGACAAGUGGUUUGACCAUCCUAGUGAAGACUUGAGAGUUCUAAAACCUGUGGAAGAAUCGGCUCCCAAGUCUCCUAGCCCAAGCAGAGAAGUGUCGAGCUCAACAAUUGAAACGCCAAGCAGUAGGCAGGAGCAGGAUCCAAAACCACAGCAGCCGCCAGCUCGGCAAGUAAAGGAGCCCGUACAAUCCCCAGAGGACAACCGUGUGUCGUCAAUGUCGGAUGACACUCCCACAGCAGACCAGGAGCAUCCUGCAUUAAAAGACGUCGUAGGCUUGUUCAGACGCUGUCUUUGCUACUUUGCUCCUCCGUCGUUUCAAAUUUCAAAGGAGGACAUCAAAGAGAUGGGUACUGAAGAGCUGAGAGAAUUUCCACUGGACAACUUUAUUGAUCAUUACGAAAAAGGAAUUUCGGAGUUGAUCGAAGGUUUUCGGAAAAAAGAGGAAGAAGCCGUCCAAAGAGCCACAAAUGCCGAGCAGCGUUUCAGGGAAGCAAACAUCGAAAGAGAAAGAUCGACAACCAAACUGAUAAACCUGAGAAAAAACGCAGGGAAACUGCUUCGCUUUAUACAAGAGGAUCCCAAUGACUGCGCACUGAGCGAGGAUGAUGUCUCAGACAAAGUGGAUGAAAUGAUGGAGAACAUAGCACAGCAGGCGGAGGACCGAUAACAGCUGCGGUUUUUUUUUUCUUUUAGCUCGAUUCGUGGAAUCUUUACAUGCCAUUCGUGUUCUUUCAACUUCAUCUUACAUCAUAUUUACAAGCCUUGCGAUGAAUUAAGAUCUGAUGUGCUCAAUUUUCUUCUAUUUUUUGUACAAGUCAACACGCUUUGGACAAUAACACACGUUCGGCUCACUUUUUACUUGAGCUAUGUAAUACUAGAACUGUAUAUCUGUUUUUCAGCAUCACACAUCAAAAACUGUUUUGUAUUCCUUUAAAACUUGAAAUGUAUGCACGCGGUUUUCGUCCAUAUCCUAACUGACAUUCUUAAAGUUUGUUUAGUUAUGAAUCAGUGUGUUACCCGAGUUACCAAAGAGUUAUCACGUUGGGAAUUUUUAUGCCACGUGUGAAGGAACCAAGCUUGACAUUUCGUGGGCCAUCAGUUGAGUGCUACUUGCCAUCCUACAAGGUGAAGGAGUUGUGCAAGUUGAAAGACUGAAUAUCAAUAACUAAAACACAAAAUAAUGCUGUAUUGCUAGGUGAAAUAUUUGCAGGCAAAUAACUAAUGACAACAAUAUCAGGAACAAACACCAGCUCACUAUGGGACAGAAUGUGUCAGUACACUUAGACGACUCCUUCGCUUGCAGGAGACUCGAAAUUUUUAUGUCUGUGGUUUUUUCUUGAAAGGAGGCAAGUCAACAGAUUUGGCUCAGCAAGUUAAUUGACGACAUCCACUGUAAAUCUCCAUAACCUUGAAAACGACUUUAAAAAUUGUAGUGUCAAUUUUGGAAUUGAUUGGAUCACAAAUCAUACCUGAAAAAAGUACUCGGACCACAAUUCUUGACUUGGUUCCUUUAAACUGAUCAAAUAUAUGAAACAGUAUGGUAUGUAACCUAGAAUACUAUUUAUUGAGUGUUAGCUUUGACAAAAGUUGAUCAUUGCUUACAACUUCGAUACACAUAUGCCAUGGCAAAUAAAUUUAUAUUUUAGUCGG